AUGGGCAGUCAUUCAUUCUUACACCACGCCCUCUCCUUCCUCCUGCUCCUGCAAUGGCCUUCCACCAGCCAUGCUGUGGGAGCAUCCGCCUCUGAAAAAAACUCCCUCUACCGGUUUGAUACCCGGUCUCCAGAUCAGAUGACCAAGGAGGGCGGCUUUCGACCGUGGGGUGCCGAUGUCUCUGUGCCGGGAUAUAGUCUGUAUGAACAGGUAAAUGAAGCUCCCAUGACGGUGUACUCCAUGUACACCUCGACAUCCAUCGAUCCGCAGGCAGCCAUCAAGUUCGGCAACAGCUUCUCUGGUGGCAAGAGAGGAUACCUCUAUGAAGUCAAGCCGUCGGGCAACGCCAUCGAUGUGGCGAAAAGUCUCGGUCAGUUCUAUCCAAAGCAGCAUCGGUGGCAGAAGGAGGUCGCCUUCCUCGGCGGCAUUCGCCGGGAGCAGAUCAAAUCAACGGCCGAGGUGCCGGGAGGCUUCCAGGGCAGCGCAACAGAGCUGCCAUGGAAGCCGUACGGGCACUACGACAAGAAGUUUGAGCACCAACACGCCAUCGCCGCGCCUCAGCUGGCCGGGUUCCCCGAAGAUUCUCGCUAUGGCCCCAGAGCGCUCAAGGUGGAGCCCUGGAAAAGCUUUAACCAAGACCCGACAGAAUACGCCAAGGCCAUCAUGGAUCGGACGGGCAAGGAAAUGGGCUGGGCCAUGAACACACAGACGGCGGGAAACGGCGGCAGCGGUGACGGGGGGUUGUUUUGCAAGCGCAACGGGCACUGCCGUACCAAGGAUGCAAGCAAGAAUCCUUCCACGACCAGGGGGGGGGAGGUGGCGGACAAGAGUCGACAGACCGAAGGAAAGCCCGUCGGCAAGGAUGCACCUGAAAUGAAUAUCGAUCUGCCCGUGCAAGAGACGCCGGCGCCGGCGGAAAUCGAUGCCGUGCGAGACCAGGGACGCUCAGGAACCACAUGUCGGCGUGGUAUGACAGGUCGCGGCAGAGGUCGUGGGAGAAAUCGCAAAGGUGACUGGGGAAGAGGACCAAGUGGAGGGCGGGGACGAAAGGAAGCCGUCGAUUGUGAAUUCACAGACUCCUCGAGGAACCCUGUCCCCCAAUCUGUUGACGAUUCCCGAGCCCCUACCGGGAGCCAUGGCCGGCAGAAGCACUGGUGGACCAGGACAGGAUUCGAUGACGGCCACCGAUUCGGACUUCGACAGGCUCGUGCCUUGGGAAGUUCUCCCGAAGCUGAAGCGGGCGAUGCCGAGGAGGUUGCCGCGAGCAAGGAGGCCGUCUUUCAAAGGCGAAGAAUUCGAAAACCGUGUCCCACAGUCGACACGUGCUGGAGUGCUGGAGGGUAA